UAAAGAAGAACGGGUAAUGACAUCGCGUGUGCACAGACCCUUACGUUCACGACAAAACCGAACGUCGUUUCCCAGUGAAUGCCAGUCACACGACAGCCGAACUCUCCGUAGGACGCUUCUAACAAUACCUUAAAUUCCAAUGUUUCGAUAUUUAAAUUACGGAAUAAUUUACACAUAAGAAGUCCUCAGUGAAUUUGAAUGAGUAGAGCUACGGAGUUUUACGUGAUCGCUACAAUACGUAGCCGAUUAGCGUAGCACAAGCUCUACGGAGAGAAUAUUAAUCAUAACUAGAAGUCCCGCAGUAGUCGAAAUUCGACUAUAAUUAAUUGGAACUGUAAGUUUGUACACUAUUAUGAUUGUAUUUUAUACUUCUACUAUAAUCACAAAUUUCGCCAGACUACAUUAUAAAAAAUAUUAGCAAAGACAAACAAUAUUUAAUCUAUUCUCAAUUUGACAACAGACGUCAAGAACAAAAGUUUGACAAUAAAUAGUAUGCAUGCGUGUGUGCGUCAAAUACAUGAACGAAACCAAGCAUCGCGACUAAAGGAAUGAUACCUAUCAAUUAUAAAACACAAAGAAAACUUUUGCACGCACUAAUGGAAAGAAUCGCGUGACGGAACACGUUAAGUGAACUUCGAGUGGCAUAUAAUAUGCCAGUUCUAUGGGAAUCGUCCCUACGGCCUAUGUACAUAAGGACUGUGUGGGUGGAUGGAUUCCGACACGCCAUACUGUCGCACGACGAUCCCUGUUUAAUUAAGUUAAAAAGACGAAGACCCCAUUCGUCGGCGAGCUGCUCCAAGCCGGAUAAGGCCGGUUCUCGUUUGAGCAACCACUCAGAUCUGAACGAGUGUUUGAGGAAGUUCAACUACGUCAUCAGAAACGAUAAAAUCUUAGAGAAACGUAAAUCCGAAAGCAAUGAGGUGGCCAUCGAAAAACUGAACCUGAGCGACGUUGAACAAGAUUCAGACGACGAAUUCAUAUUGAAAGCGAGCCCGCAGCCUUUGAACGAGUUCACCGGAGGCCCGAGCUACGAAUCCGGUCCAGACAUGAAGAGCAUCAGGCUAAACAAAACCGCCAGGACCGAACUGAAGGAGAACACAGAUCUAUCCGACAGAGUACUGCAGUGGCUAGAUCUGGCCGGAAAGGUCGAUUUGCUGGCACCAGAAAACGCGGAACGCAUGUCGCAGCCCAGGCACAGCUGCCCCGAAUUACAGAGACGGAAUCACAACCUAACAAAAUCCAGGACCGUUAUAGACAUACGUAAAGUCGAUUCACCGAAAACGGAAGGUCCAAAAGCGCAACAAACAACAAUUAUCGAUCGUCACGAUUUCUAUGUGACGACGACUACGACGAAUACAAUCGAGAACUACGCACGCCAGUCACGGAACAACAAGAUCACGCCACGUAACGAUGCCACAGCGAAAACGAAAGAUAAAAAGUCGAAGGACAUCAAAGCGAACGUAGUCGAGACGAGACUGAAGAUGGUCAACGAAAGGAACGCAAUACAAAAACAAUACGUCGAAUUAAUCAACAAGAAACUCAUACCGAACGUCGAUAAGAAAAUCAAGAAACAAGUUCACAUAUUUAUGCCCGAUGUGCCGAAGAGAAACGUUGCUGACGGAAGCGGCCUAUCUGAAAGCUUAUUGUCGCAAGCUUCUUUGAAAACGCUCAAGCAUUGACUAAAUAAAUAUUCACGAUUUU